AUGUCCGGUAGAGGCGGUGGUGGAGGUGGAGGCCGAAGAGUCUUGCUACCUCCCAUCAACUUCAUUUUCAAGCUUCUUCAAACCCACGCGACUGUUCAGAUUUGGUUAUAUGAGCAGCUUCAGACACGCAUAGAAGGAAAGAUCAGGGGAUUUGACGAGUUCAUGAACUUGGUUAUCGAUGAGGCUGUUGAAAUUAAGUUACCGUCUAAAACGGAGGACGAAACUCGUCGAGAACUAGGGCGGAUAUUACUCAAGGGCGACAACGUCACAUGUAUCGCGUGCGCUUCGCUUUCGUAA